CGUCGUCGCCUGCGUUUUCUCUGGGCUCCCAAGCCCGGGAAAACAGGUGCUCAACUCCGAGGGCGGGGGAUGGAGUGCGCAUGUGUCAGGAGCCGCACACCCACGCGUGUCACUUGCUCUUGUGGUUCAGGGAAAACAAAGGUUUGGGGCCAAAAAGUCAAAGAAGCACACAUGUAUCUUUCUCUUGCUCUUGACAGGUGCUGAGACGUUCAUGUGGGUCCCUGGCCACAGUCUUUGACGUGCGGUGGUGUCUGUGUUCCCGAACCUGAGUACAAACGCAGCUCUCGAGGUUCGGACUCCCUCGGUCACAAAGGCGGUUGCCAGGCGCUCAGUGGACUAAAGAUGCGACCCGGGGAACAGUGGCCGCCACUCUGGAGCGUGAGGUCAGCAGGUGGGGACUCGAGGGACCGGGACCCUUGGAAUUGUAAGAAUGGUGUGAAGAGACGUUUUUGGCCAGGAGAACCGGAUGUCUCCUCUACUGGAGCAGCUCUAAGACUUCCUAGGACUGUCAUGGCAGGAUACCAGCUCUGGUCACCAUGGACCCCCCUGGACGAGAGCUUCCAAUGGCUACGGCACACCACCCCUACCCCUUCCUCCAAGCACCCCUUUAGGGCCUCCCCCUGCUUUCCCCACACUCCCUCCGACCUUGAAGUGCAGUUGUGCUUUCAAGAGGUCACUCUAGUCCUAGAUAGCCCCCUCCUGGAAACUGGGGUGAGCCCCAAGUUACCCUGCCACACAUCGGCGCUCCGAACCGUCAACAACAAGAAAGGGCUGGUCAGGAAGCCCCAGCCUAUCCGCCUCAGUGGAGUAGACUCUGUCUUUGGCAGGGUCAUCACUGCGCAGCCGCCAAAGUGGACUGGGACCUUCAGAGUUUCAGACAAGUCGGCCUUCUGCAAAAUCAUCAGCAGGGAGCACCAAUGGCCCACUGGACUCAAGGAGCCUCAGAUUCAGAUGACGGUGACCAUGUGUAAGCAGAUGCUGCGCUCCAUCCUCUUGCUGUAUGCCACAUACAAGAAGUGCACCUUUGCUCUGCAACACUCCAAGUAAAGGGGCCCCUCUGGAUCCCCAGUCCUUCAACCAUGCCGUUUGGUACGUUACCUCGAGUUUACAGAAACCUGUCUGUGUAAACAAAUCUGUGACGGUGCCCCAGCCAUCUUGCUUUUCUGUUAAGGAGUGACAAUUCGGGAGCCCCAUUCUUCAUUCCCUGCAAAAAUAAAAAAAGGGGCCAAAGAAACAGAACAAGGGAGAACUCAGCUAUUAUAAGGUUGAACAACCAUUUAAUGGAGAGUUGAACUAGUGUCAAUGGUACACGUGAUAAGGAACCAUUGAAAGAACCGUACAAACCAGUCAGCCUGGGAACUCAUUGAAACCCGUAAGAUCACAAUGAGUUGGGGAAAUAAAGGCCUGUCAA